AUGUUAGGCAAAAGUCAUACCGAAGCACAAGGAAAGGUACCCGUCUAUCACGAUCCUUGGGCCAAGCGUGAAGCCUGGCGUAAGUCUCCCGUUUUCACAAAGGGUUCCAACUUUAGAACCAUGUUCCCUGGACUUGGUAUUGCCACUGUUGCAUUUGCUGCUUACUGUACUUAUGAACACUUUGUUCUUAACAAGAAGGGUAGCAGCAGUCAUUAG